CAGCAGUAUAAAAGCUCGGGCUCAGAUGGAGCCAGUAUGAUCGAGCCAUGACUUUCCUGUGGAUCCUCUCCUGCCUUGCUUUUGCCGGCGCUGCCUACGGCUGCGGCGUCCCGGCCAUCCCCCCCGUCAUCACCGGAUACUCUCGGAUCGUGAACGGUGAGGAGGCGGUGCCUCACUCUUGGCCCUGGCAGGUUUCCCUUCAGGAUUACACCGGCUUCCACUUCUGCGGUGGCUCCCUCAUCAGCGAGAACUGGGUGGUGACGGCUGCUCACUGCAAUGUCAAAACCUCCCACCGCGUGAUCGUCGGAGAGCACGACCGCUCCUCCAACGCUGAGGACAUCCAGGUCAUUAAUGUCGGAAAGGUCUUCAAACACCCCAACUACAACAGCUUCACCAUCAACAACGACAUCCUGCUCAUCAAGCUGGCCACGCCCGCCAAGCUGAACAUCCGCGUUUCCCCCGUGUGUGUGGCCGACACUGGAGACGACUACCCUGGAGGAAUGAAGUGCGUGACCUCUGGCUGGGGCCUGACCCGCUACAACGCUCCUGACACCCCCGCCCUGCUGCAGCAGGCCGCCCUCCCCCUGCUGACCAACGAGCAGUGCCGCACUUACUGGGGCAGCAAGAUCACCAACCUGAUGAUCUGUGCCGGUGCCGCUGGAGCCUCUUCCUGCAUGGGUGAUUCUGGUGGACCUCUGGUCUGUCAGAAGUCUGGAGCCUGGACUCUGGUUGGCAUCGUGUCCUGGGGCAGUGGAACCUGCAUGCCCACGAUGCCCGGUGUGUACGCCCGUGUCACUGAGCUCCGUGCCUGGAUGGAUAAGACCAUCGCUGCCAACUGAGCACAUCACACCACACUGUGUCGACCUUAUCAUUAAUAAAAGAGAAACUCCAAA